CGUGACGGGGUUCUAUGUGAUACUUGAAGGGUUCUUUAUGGUUGAGAAUGUGAGGAAAGCUAUAAGGAUCGAUGAGCAUGUACCGGACAGUCUUACAACUUCGAUGGUGGACGAUGUGUUCUACGUGUUGCAGAGCUGUCUGAGGAGAGCGAUUUCGACUUCCAACAUCAGCUCUGUGAUUGCUGUGUUGAGCAAUGCUGGUAGCUUGUUGGCUAAUGAUUACCAUGAAGCUUUGCAGCAGAAGAUUAGAGAGCCGAACCUUGGUGCUAGGUUGUUCUUGGGUGGUAUUGGUGUGGAAAACACUGGAACUGAGAUUGCAACUGCUUUGAACAAUAUGGAUGUGAGCUGCGAGUACAUUCUCAAACUCAAACACGAAAUCGAGGAGCAAUGUACUGAGGUGUUUCCUGCACCAGCAGAUCGAGAGAGGAUAAAGUCAUGUCUAUCCGAGUUAGGCGAGCUAAGCAACACGUUCAAGCAGCUACUCAACUCAGGCAUGGAACAGCUAGUAGCAACCGUAACACCAAGAAUCCGUCCGGUUCUAGACACUGUAGCUACCAUAAGCUACGAGCUGACAGAAACAGAGUAUGCAGAGAACGAGGUGAACGACCCGUGGGUCCAACGACUUCUCCACUCGGUGGAAACGAACGCUGCGUGGCUCCAACCACUGAUGACAUCAAACAACUACGACUCGUUUCUGCAUCUCAUAAUAGAUUUCAUAGUGAAGAGACUUGAAGUGAUAAUGAUGCAGAAACGGUUUAGCCAGCUUGGUGGUCUUCAGCUAGACCGGGACACGAGGGCUUUGGUUAGCCAUUUCUCGGGUAUGACUCAGAGAACGGUGAGAGAUAAGUUCGCUCGGUUAACUCAAAUGGCGACGAUACUUAACUUGGAGAAGGUCUCGGAGAUUUUGGACUUCUGGGGAGAGAACUCAGGACCCAUGACUUGGAGACUCACACCGGCUGAGGUUAGACGGGUCUUGGGUCUUCGGGUAGAGUUUAAACCCGAAUCUAUUGCUGCUCUCAAGUUGUGAUGUUAAUUUGUUUAUGUUGUCAACCCACGAAUUACUCAGUUUUGGUGUUGAUAAAUUCUUGUUUUGGUGUAUAACCCGUGUAUUGCGUCGUAGUGCAUGAUCAACGGCUUAUCUUCUUCUU